CCAGAUUAUUGUGUCAUGAGAGACUUUUUUUUCCAAUUGUGUGUGCAAGGACUCUGACUGAUUGACAGAGGGUAAAUGUUACAUGUGCAAUUAUCAUUAAUUAAUUAAUAAUUUCUUUGUGUAUGCUUCAAAAUACAUCAUUGAAAUCCAUUGACAGUGUUUGAGUCACCAAGGUAGCACUGCACUCUGUGCUGACGCUCCUCAAAUGGUCUGGUAGGGAGGCAGGAAUGUUCCAGGCUCUGUCCAAACCUUUGAAACCAAUAUAGAGUGGGGGACCCUUCACUCCUCAGUAAAACCUCCUGUCGUUGUCUCUGGGACAUUCAUCCCUGACAUGCACUUGGCAUAACACACACAAUCACAUAAACACUUGACACUUGAGUGCGCUGAGCAUUUCACCCACAGGAGUUGUUGCUUGGAGACUGUGUGUGUGUGUGUGUGUGUGUGUGUGUGUGUGUGUGUGUGUGUGUGUGUGUGUGUGUGUGUGUGUGUGUGUGUGUGUGUGUGUGUGUGUGUGUGUGUGUGUGUGUGUGUGUGUGUGUGUGUGUGUGUGUGUGUGUGUUAUAGUCUGAGCUGAGAAAGGACAGUGAGUAAGGUGUGUGUUUGCGCUGGUUGAGCACACACAUGCAUGAGUUUUAAAAAUGGGACAUGGUUCUAAAAAAAACACAAGCGGGUAUUAAGGCAACUCUUUCCCCUCUGUCUAACUCUGGUGUGCCUCACUAAGUCCCUAAGGCCCCUGAAUCUCGUUCCACCUUUCCUCUACCUAAAUGUGGCACUUUGUGAGGGUGCCCUGUUGAAUAUUGAUAUUGUUUAUCCAGGCAUAACCAGAUCACGGUUAAAUUUAGUUGAGAUGGAUUUCAGUUCGCACAUGGCAUCAGAAUGCAUCUGGACUGACUGUUUCUGGUUAAGAGUAUAAAAACUAUUCAGUUACACAGCAACGCUAUACAGAAAAUGUAGGAGAAGGUCAAAAUUAAAGACGUAAAUACACUUCAAAGUUACAAAAAAAUAAGGUAACUUCCAUUUGAUAUUCUGAGGUCAGAAACUGGUGAAAAAAUGUAAUUACUGUUUCCCAAAGAGAGGAAAGAUGACUGAAAAGACUCACAUUAACAAGCUGGAACCAGAUAACUGUAUUUAUAUUCCUUAAAAAAAAUACUCGAACCAAUAGUUGAUGAUUAAUUAAAGUACAAAUAAAUGUCUUUAGUUGUCAUGUAUGCAUUUGCGUCACCAGCUAUUUGUUAGCUCUUACACAACAAAAUGCCUUUUUGUGCCAAAUGUGAACAGCUGGUUAAUAACUUAAGUAUCUACUUUGUUGUUUUAAUGCCGGUUAAGUGACAGGUUAGUCUGUUUGUACAGUAAAUACAAACUCAUUAUUUAAGAUUAUAUGAUAAAGCAGCUGCAGAAAAUAAAAAGUUCCCUGGAUAAGAGAUCAGAUUUGAAAAACUUCAAGCAAAUGUGGUUAGAGGGUAAAAGGGUGACAGUGACAACAGUCAGAGUAUGCAUCAUAAAGCUGGUGCCAAGACAGGGUGGUUUAGAGGGUUGGGGGCUCAGUAGGGUGGUGAGUGGCCAUCGAUGGUGCCGGUCUGACACUUCUCUGUUUAAGGGCAUUGUUGUGGUGUGGCUGCAGGCUGCGGCUGGGGGGAUCCUGGCAAUGAGAAGAGACGGUGAAGGUGGAACUAUGAGUGUAAUCCUGGACCUGCCCUACGUCUACUCCAUCAUCAUCUCCUCAGUGGUGGCCAUGGUCUACACACUGCUGGGGGGGCUCUACUCUGUGGCCUACACAGACGUAAUCCAGCUCAUCCUCAUCUUCAUCAGUCUGUGGGUGUGUGUCCCUUUCCUGAUGACAAACCCUCACUCUUUGGACAUCUCACUGACAGCCUACAACCAGACCUUCCAGGCUCCCUGGGUUGGCACGGUGGAGCUUGAUCAGGCCGGAAAGUGGUUUGACGACUUCAUGCUGCUGGCUCUGGGUGGUCUGGCCUACCAGGCAUUCUACCAAAGAAUCCUGUCCGCCUCAUCUUACACCCAGGCUCAAGUGACCUGCUUCGCCUCUUCAGGCUUCUGCCUGGUGCUUGGUAUCCCUUCCAUUCUGGUGGGGGCUGUGGCUGCUUCUACAGACUGGAACUCAACCGCAUAUGGAUUGCCCACCCCAUAUGAGCGUGAUCAGGCAGGUUCCGUCCUCCCCAUCGCCCUGCAAUACCUCACACCCCCGUACAUCUCCAUCAUUGGCAUUGGAGCAGUAGCUGCUGCUGUCAUGUCUUCCAUGGACUCAGCUCUUCUGUCCUCCGCAUCAUUGUUUUCCUCAAAUAUCUACAAGAACAUCCUCAGAAAACAGGCGUCCGACCGUGAGAUGCAGUGGGUGAUCCGUAUCUCGGUGGUGGUGGUCGGUCUUGCCGGCACUGGCCUCACCUUUCUCGACAGCAGCGUCCUGGUCUUCUGGCUGGUGGGCGUAGAUAUGUCCUACACCAUCAUGUUCCCACAGCUGGUCUGCGUCCUCUUCUUCAAGGUGUCGAAUGCCUAUGGAGCCAUUGUGGGCUUCAUGAUGGGAAUCAUCUUAAGGUUCAUGAGUGGUGAGCCCCUCAUUGGCCUCCCUCCUGCCAUUGAGUUCCCCGGCUGCCGACUGGACGCGGAAGGAAAGCUAACUCAGUACUUCCCCUUCCGCACCGCUAUCAUGAUGUUUUCACUAUUAUCAAUCCUGCUCUUCUCCUGGCUUGCAUCCAUCAUCAUCAACAAGAUGCCUGAGAAAUGGGACGUAUUCAAGAUCAAUCGUAAGCAAAAACCAACAGCCGUAGCCCUUGAGGAUGAGGCAAAGAGGACCAACUCUGCUAAUGAAGAAGUCUCGGCAGCAAAGCAGCUACUGGACAAUACCACCAGUUGCUGAAUUGGCUAACGUGGAUGGAGAGAGGAUGGGCACUUGCUGAAGGUGGACAUGUUUGUCUACUAAGCAGGAGUUCACAGAGGGGGAACAACAGUAAAGGGUAUAAAAUAUGUACACAUUCUGUGCAGUAUGAGAAGAAGUUGAUCUGAGAACCUUAUUUCAUCAGUUGUCUUGUACAUAGUAAAACUAGGCUCCGAUUUGAUAAGUUCAUCAUGCCGCAAAUGACACAAUAAAUCCAACAAAUUACCAUAUAAUUAAAUUCAUAAACAAACAUUAUAGUAAUUUUUGCGAGUGUGGCCCGCAGGGAUCGCUAUACUGUACUGAAAAAGUAAUAUAGCCUCUUCCUCAGUUUGAAACUCUGUUAAGGAUUUGCAGCUAUGUGCAGCAUGACAGGGCUCUCCUUCACACCGGUACCAAGAAAUUAUAUCCAAAGAAAGUGAGUGCCUUCCGCACUAUUCUUUUUGAAAAGAUUAUUAUUUACCUGUCCAUUUGAAUGUGACUCAAUAUAUCUUCCUUUCUCUAGCUUGAGCUCGGUUUAACAGCACCUUGGAUUCUUCUUGACUAUAAUAGUUAAUAUUAUAUUAUCAAUAUUUAACUUCUAAAAUUAUAUAUACAUGUUUUGUUUAUAUACACUUAUGUGUUUUAUUUUAAAUGACAGACUGUGCGGAUUUCUGCCGUUUUUUGGCCUGUCUGUUUCGCAGCAGUCCAUAAAAAGUGAUUCUCAAUUUUUGUAAAAAUGAAUAUAUGCAUGGAGAGGAUAAGCGUAUAUAACAUAAGAUAUAUUAAAACUUUUAGAGCAACAUUUACCUCCAUCUCUCAAAUGCUGCUCCAUAGACACCAGCAAGUUUAAGAAUGUAGUUUUUAAACCGCCCAGGUACGGAUUAAAUAGAAAAACCCUGCCUGAUGUCGGCACUGCCUCGCAGUGCAAAUGCUAUCGACCUUGCCAUGCAAGAAAUACCAAAAAUUUGAAGCAGCAAGCAGAAAUAAGGACGAAAGUGACACAAAAUGUUCUAAUGACUAGUUAUAUUAAUAAUAAUACAGUUUUGCCAGAGAUAUACCUCGCUUUUAUCCUCCUCAAGUUUCUUUUCCGUCUUUUAGUCCAUGUGGGGGAUGUGCCUUUUAGUUUGUCUAUGACUUUGUAUUAUAUUGUUUGUUUGUUUUUUCUUUUAAAGCUGUAGUUUACAGUGGGAUCAUUUAUUUUCUGAGGUGGUGAAAAUAUUUGCAGCUAUAACCUGAAAACGUACAUCAAUGUUUCCCAAAAGCACAAAUUGAACUUGCUUUAAAUUAUUGAGUUUUGUUAAAGAGCAGACUGCUCAAAGACACUCGUGUUUAUUCAUGUAUUAUUCUGUUAUACUGAGCCUACAUUGUGGCCUGCAGUCAGAAAGCGUGUUGCUCAAAAUAUCACUGGAAGCUGCUUUCAAUCCGUUAUGGUCAGGUCCACCUGAAAGGGGUGUAUACUCUUGUCACUAUGCAAAUACCUCAUGAAGUGGUUAUGUUGGCUCUGAAUAUACAAAACUUUAACCUAUUUUUUCUGACUUUUAUCCAAAGCAUAGGGUAUGAAUGUCAUUUUCCAAAAACUGAUUGCACAGAACGAACUGUUCUAAAAAAAGGACGCAUUCAGACACGAUGCAUCCAUUUUUUUCAUGCUUGAUUGUGAGUUCUACCUGUCUUAUUAACUGUACAGUAUAAUCAUGAUAUGUAUAUUUACACAUUUAAUUUUUUUAUCAAAGUGUAUCACUAACGUGUGGCGAGUUUGAGAAGAAAAACACAAAUGUGUUCUAUUUUAAGUUAGCAACAUUUAAAAGAAAAAAUACCUUCGAUUUAGCAGAACAUUACAUGUCAUUUUACCCUCACAAUCUAAGUCAACCGGCAGCAGAUGUAUUUGUUUUACCAGUGUUUCUGGAAAAGUAUGUUUUGCAUAUCACAGGAGGAGCGUGUUACUAACGUCAUAGCCAUUUACAAUGCACACACCUACCUGAUCGUUUCUCCUGACAUAAUGUGAUUGGAGAAAACCAGUAGUUCUCAACAAGCUGCACAAUAUAGUAAAUAAUGACAACGCCUUAUUAAUGAUGUGCAUGCACUGUCUAUUUUCAUCUGUGCAUCUCAUUACCGUUUGAGGAUUGGGUUAUUAUCUAUGAAAGUACUCAGCAGUUGUAUAAUAAACCAUGAAUAGGUGGUGAGUUCUAUAAUGUAUUUUCCCCUAUUAUGUAUUUGGUUUUAUACUAUCAUGUAUGUUGAUUUUCAUUAACAGAGUUGUUUGUGUGUUGAACUUUGGUCAUGACUGUUUUUCCUUGCCACUUGGCAAGAUCCUACUUUUGAAUCCAUUAUUGUAAAUCCCCAUUGAGUGAUGUUCUGUCAGAAUAAAGGCUAAAACCAAA